GAAGGGAGACCGGGAAGGGAAGAGGGGAGGGAGGUGAGGGAAGGAGGGAGGGAGCGGGGAUAACAUCGCUUUCCUGGCCAUGGGCCCCAAACGGACGGUGGGGGGCGGACGAGUUUUGGGGUCUCAGCUCGCGGUGAGCACGGAGACGCCACUGCGCGCACAGCGCUGCGGCGACACCAACAACAACAACAACGACCGCCAUUCGCCACUAAGUGGCGGUGACGUCACCACGACGCUUGUGCCAGGCUAUGUGCACCUUCAGGCCACCGCAUCAUCAGCAACAUCAUCAGCUGCAGCGUCACUGCGUGCCAUCAAUCAUCUGCCUGCAAUUAAUCAUCUCGAGCCGCAGGGUCGUUCUCAGCACCUGCACAUUCUUCAGAUUGAACACCAUAAUUAUCAUCAUCGAGAGGGGGGGAAGGGGCUUCAGCAUUUCUAUAAAUCAUCUUCAUCACCAUCGUCGCCAGCGUCAUCGGGGAUGGAAAGGCAGCAGGGGCGCGCGCGCGGCCACGCAGUCUGGUGAAGGAGGAGGCGGCGGCGGCGAAGCGCUCUCCCCGCGGCCACGAGCGAGGGGUUCCCCAUUGGCUGCUGUCGCUGCAACUUGUUUUGUUUUUAUUCCCCCUUUGUCUUUCUCACGACCUCGCGUGGAACUGAAAUAACCGCGCGCUGCGAGCGAGCAAGCGACGCGCGGCAGCAGCAGUCGCCGCAGCUUUCACGGGAAUGGACCGCCGGCAAUAAAACACUGCAGCAGCAGCAGCGAGCGGCUUCAUCAUCACAGUCGUGCGCGCAGAGAAGCACACGCGACAGAGGACGCCGCAAGGCGAGACAAGGGACGACGCGCCGCGCCCAGACGCAGGCGCGGGGCUCGCGGCUGCCGCCCGGCAGAGUUCCGAGCGGAGGAGCGCCUAGGGGACGCGACUGGGGCCGCGAUGGUUCACACCGUGACGGCCAUCUCUCUGGUCAGCCUCGUGACCCUGGGCUACCUCUCGUGGAACAUGGUGCGGCCCCUCGUGGGAGACUCCUUGAGUCUGCAGCACGGGGCCAACGCCACCGCCGAGCGAGAUGACAUCAACACCAUCACCGCCAUCGCCAACAGCACCUCGUACUCCACCUCAAACUCCUGCACCACCAACACCACCUCCACCAACGCCUCCUCAACAUCCUGCACAUCGACCAACACAUCCUCCUCCUACUCCCCAUCCUCCGCGGGGGUCCCGGUUAGCAGUCGGGGACCCGCCCUUGCCAACCCAAGGAGCUCGACUCCGCGGCCCCACAUCGUGUUCAUCCUGGCGGACGACCAGGGCUACCACGACGUGGGCUACCACGGCGCCGAGAUCCGCACGCGGGCGCUCGACCGCCUCUCGGCGCAGGGCGUGCGCCUGGAGAACUACUACGUGCAGCCCGUGUGCACGCCGACCCGCAGCCAGCUGCUCAGCGGCAGGUACCAGAUCCACACGGGGCUGCAGCACUCCAUCAUCCGGCCGCGCCAGCCCAGCUGCCUGCCGCUGCACCUGCCCACGCUGCCAGAGCGGCUGCGCGACGCGGGCUAUGCCACGCACAUGGUGGGAAAGUGGCACCUGGGCUUCUGCCGGCCCGAGUGCCUGCCGACGCGCCGCGGCUUUGACUCCUUCCUUGGCUCGCUGGCGGGCAGCGGCGACCACUUUACACAUGAGGCGUGCGAUGGGCCCGCGGCGUGUGGCCUGGACCUGCGCACGGGCGAGCGCGUGGCGCGUGCACACGGGGGCCGCUACUCGACCGAGAUGUACGCGGCGAGGGCCGUGCGCCUCGUGGAGGAGCACGACGCGGCGCGCGGGCCGCUCUUCCUCUACGUGGCCUUCCAGGCCGUGCACACGCCCCUGCAGGUGCCGCCGCGCUACACCGAGCGCUACCGGCGGAUCGCGAACCAGGCGCGGCGCCGCUACGCAGGGAUGCUGUCGUGCCUGGAUGAGGCAGUGCACAACAUCACGGAGGCGCUGCACCGCCGCGGCCUCUACAACAACUCGGUGCUCGUCUACUCGAGCGACAAUGGCGGACAGCCGCUCUCCGGGGGCAGCAACUGGCCACUGCGAGGACGAAAGGGCACGUAUUGGGAGGGCGGCGUGCGGGCACUGGGCUUUGUGCACAGCCCUCUGCUGCGGCUCAAGGGGCGCGUCAGCCACGCGCUCGUCCACGUCUCCGACUGGUUCCCCACGCUCCUCGCGCUCGCGGGGGUGGGCGCAGACGCAACCACUGCUGACCCAUCCAGCCCCGCGCUGGAUGGGCACGACGUGUGGCGAGCCCUGAGCGAGGGGGCCCCGUCCCCCCGCACCGAGAUCCUGCAUAACAUCGACCCCCUGUACAACCGCGCCCGUGGGGGGUCGCGCGCCGCCGGACACGGCCUCUGGAACACGGGCGUGCAGGCGGCACUGCGCCAGGGAGACUGGAAAAUCCUGACGGGUGACCCGGGCUAUGGCGACUGGGUGCCACCGCAGACGUGGCCGGCAUUCCGCGGGAGCUGGUGGGCCCUGGAGCGCGCCGCACCGGCGUGGAGCGGCGGCGGAGGAGGCGGUGUAGGCGGAGGCAGGGGGGGCGUCGUGGAGCCGCAGACACUGUGGCUAUUCAACCUGUCGGCCGACCCCUUCGAGCGCUACGAUGUUUCAGCGCGACACCCGGACGUGGUGCGGCGCCUGCUGGGCCGACUGGCGGAGUACGCACGCGGCGCUGUCCCCGUGCGCUUCCCUGCUGAUGACUCGCGCGCUCACCCGGCACUGCAGGGCGGCGUUUGGGGGCCCUGGCUGCUGCCGCGUGAUGGAGGAGCACGGAGAGGUGGAGAGGGGCAGCCCGGUGGUGGCGGCGGUAGCGGUGUCGUCUCAGGAUCAGCAGCAGCAGCAGCAGCAGGGGGACGAUCACUGGCAGCCACCGUCGCCUACUGCCGGCUGUGCAAGCUGCGCAGCUAUCUGCGCAAGUUGCGCGCCGGGCGGACUGCCGCACCGAGUAGAUCGUGAGCGGCGCGGGCCGAGCGGGCUUAGCAGGCGUGCAGCGGCACGCGGAGUUCCCAGCUGAGUGGCUCAAGGGAGCGGCGGCAUGGCCGUUGGCGCACUUAUGCUCAAACAACAAAGCCCGUAAGCCAAGUUCUAAUCCCGACCUCGGCUAACGUCGGCGGCGAGAGGUAUCAGGAGCGGCACUCCCGCCUCCGCUCUUCGCCAAACCCGCAUUGACCAGCGUGGAGAAGUAUGGUCAAAAUAAAUUCACAAUGAGACACGGCGUGUGGAGGCCUUUAUCCACCAUUGGAUGUAUCAAGGGGACAGUCCAGUGAGCAUUUUACUGUGUGGUCGAGUUAAAUCGCAGAGAGAUUCGACUGAGCAAUCACCAUCAUCACCAUCAGAUUCUUCUUUGUAGGGUGGAUAAAAUUAGUCCCACCUUGUGAGGGUGCAAACAUGGUUUAUUGUGUUGAGAGACUAAUCCUUGCCAUAGGAAUGUGGAAUUUUAACCACUGGCUCAAGAACACAAGUGAAGACGAGCACCUCACGGUGACUGCAUGACAGAGAAUUCAACACCCGCGUGAGAUCCAGGGACUAGCAUGGCCAGUCAGAGUCACACCCAAACUCACGCCCAGACUCACGCCCAGCUCAGACUCACUUGCAGACUCAUGCCCAGACUCACGCCGAGACUCACACCCAGCCUUGACUCACACCCAGACUCACACCCAGACUCAUGCCCAGCCCAGACUCACACCCAGCUCAGACUCACAUCCAGCUCAGACUCACUUCCAGUCCAGGCUCACACCCAGACUCACACCCAACCCACUCAGACCCAACCCAGACUCACAUACAGUCAACCCAGACUCACACCCACACACCCCAGCAAAACUUUGAUGUCACUUCCUAGCCGGAGUCCACGUAAACCAUCAUUAACGAAUGAUGCUGGCGGGCAUGGAGCUUCGUGUCGACAUAUAGACGCGUGCAUCCAUGUAAAUAAGAUGCGCGUUUCACCGUGAAUGGGAAAUUGAUGACACAAGGCACAGGAGUGCGAUUGUAGCCAUGCAAUUUCAAACUGUGCACCGUAUAGUAAAUCUAUAGAGACCCAUAGAGAUAAACAGAGAUACAUAAAUACCUAUAGAGAUGCAUUAAAGACAAGCCACAGUAGUGUCAUUGUGGCUGUGUAACCCAAACUAUAGGCCGUAUAGUAAACCUAUAGAAACAGAUACUUAACAACACAUAUAGACGCAUAAAGAUACAUUAAAGACGAACUACAGAAGUGUGAUUGUGGCCAUGCAACACAAACCAUAUUAAAAACCACUAUGGUCUGUGCUCCUUCAAUAGAAGACGAGGAGGAACAGCAAACUAGACGAACUCUCUCUGCUGAAGCUCUCUAGUCGUGGCGAGUUGCAGAUCUCGACAAUGGGUAUCCAGCUCCUGAACAUAGUGCUGCUGCCAUCACGCGCAAGGACAUAAUAGAAUUGGGCGCGUUAGCGAGCGAAGGAUCGCGACGCCGUGGACUCCAAGGCCAGUGUGAUGUACGGGACCCGCGUGUCCGGCGUGAUGUACGGGGACCCACGUGCCCGGUAUGACGUACAGGACCCACGUGCCUAGUAGACGUGCAGGGACCACGUGCCCAAUAUGACAUACGGGACCCGCGUGCCCCGUGUGAUGUACAGGACCCGCGUGCCCGGUGUGACGUACGGGAACCACGUACCUAGUGUGUCGUAUGGGACCGGCGUGCUUGAACACGAUGACUAUGAUAUUGUGAGUUUUAAUAAAACCAAAGUGGUUUGUGAAUGUACAAGGUACCAGGUGUUGUUUACAUCACCAAUUAAAAUAUAUUCGUCCAUGACAAGGACAAAAAUGU